AUGAUGAAACCGUUCAGAAAAUUCUCAAAGCGGAUUGGUAAAUCAGAGGAUCGGUUGAAUAAGGAGAAGCCUAUCUUCAUCAAGCGCAAUAUAUACUUGAAGAAGAAAUUCAAAAAGAAGGUUAAAGAUCAUGGCAUAUUCUGUUCUUGUUCAUCGUCUUCUGAUUCUUCAACACUUUGUGGCACUGAUUGCAAUUGUGGGAUUCUACUCUCAAGUUGUUCAUCUAGUUGCGAGUGUCGAAGUGAGUGUACCAACAAGCCGUUCCAACAACGACAUAUCAAGAAGAUGAAGUUGGUUCAGACAGAGAAAUGUGGAUAUGGGAUUGUAGCAGAUGAAGAUAUCGAAUCAGGAGAGUUUAUCGUCGAAUAUGUUGGCGAAGUUAUCGAUGAAAAGAUUUGUGAAGAAAGGCUAUGGAAGUUGAAGCAUAAGGUGGAGACAAAUUUCUAUUUGUGUCAGAUAAAUUGGAAUAUGGUGAUUGAUGCUACUCACAAGGGGAAUAAAUCAAGAUACAUCAAUCAUAGCUGCAACCCUAAUACAGAGAUGCAGAAAUGGAUAAUUGAUGGAGAGACAAGAAUCGGCAUCUUUGCUACGCGUUACAUAAACAAAGGAGAGCACUUGACCUACGAUUACCAAUGUGAGACUAAGAAAUAUAGCAGGUUUGUUCAGUAUGGUGCAGAUCAAGAUUGCUUCUGUGGUGAAGUGGGUUGCAGAAGAAAGCUUGGUGCAAAACCUAGCAAAACUAAGAACUCAACCUCUCAUGUAACUGUGAAACCAGUGGCAUGUAAAGUGACCCGGAAAAGUCCCAAGGUUAGAAAAAGCAAUUUGGAUGCGUCAGGACAAUCUUGGAACAAUCAUGGCCAAAAGAGGAUAUGUUUACAUAGCUGCAUUGGUGUGGUGAUCUGGUUAGAACGUCCGAUGAACCAGAGGUGUUUUGGCAUCAUUAGAGAAUUUGAUGAGUUUUCAAGAAAGCACUUGGUCAUGUACGAGGAUGGUGUUACAGAGUUUAUCGAUAUGUCCAGAGAAGUUUGGAAGUUUGUAACUCUUUGA